UAAGGUCGAAUAAGAAAGAGACCUCAGCCUUUGUUCCGGUCAGCAGCGUGUGUGCAGUUUUGCUGCAGAAACAAGGAGUCGCCAACGUGCGUAGCCGGCGUCGACAUGGUGAAAUUAUCUGCGGAGCUGAUUGAGCAGGCCGCUCAAUACACCAACCCCGUGAGAGACAGAGAGCUGGAUCUACGAGGUUAUAAAAUCCCAGUGCUUGAAAAUCUCGGAGCGACUCUGGACCAGUUUGACACUAUUGACUUCUCUGAUAAUGAAGUACGAAAACUGGAUGGUUUUCCUCUGCUCAGAAGACUGAAAACACUGCUAAUGAACAACAACAGGAUUUGUCGCAUAGGUGAAAAUCUGGAGCAGUCUCUUCCGAGUCUAACAGAACUGGUUCUCACAAACAACAACAUUCAGGAGCUGGGUGACUUGGACCCCCUGGCCUCAGUGAAGACAUUGAGCCUUCUAAGCCUGUUAAGGAAUCCAGUGACUAACAAGAAGCAUUACAGGCUCUAUGUCAUCAGCAAAAUACCACAGAUUCGUGUGCUAGACUUCCAGAAGGUAAAGCUCAAGGAACGCCAGGAGGCAGAGAAAAUGUUCAAAGGCAAACGAGGUGCUCAGCUUGCAAAGGAUAUUGCCAGGCGAACGAAAACAUUCACUCCUGGAGUGGCAGCCCAGCUUGAGAAGAAGAGGACGGGGCCGUCUCAAGCAGACGUGGAAGCCGUCAAGAUUGCCAUCGCUAAUGCUUCAUCAUUGGCAGAAGUGGAGAGGUUGAAAGGGAUGCUGCAGGCCGGUCAGAUCCCAGGCCGAGAUCUGAGACAAGAUCCAGUUGACCUGGUGGAAGAAGAGGAGGAGGAGGAGGAGGAAGAGGAAGACACUGAACAAAUGGAGACACCCAUGGGUGGAGGUGCUGAGGAGGAGAUGAAUGAGGGAGAUCAAGAGGAUGGUGAUGAACAUAUGGAUGCAGAGCCACAUGUUAAUGGCUCCUGAGAACCCUGAAAGCAUUUUUGGUUUUGUUUAUUUUUUAAUGUUGUUUAUUUCUUGUGUUGAACUUAAUUUUACCAGGGUUAUUUGUUUUUUUAUUUUGUAAAAUGACACAUUAAACAGAUUUUGAAUAUUG